CCACUGAGACACAGAGCAGCAGUUCUGAGGAGCUCGUCUCAAGCCCACCGUCCCCACCACCCCCUCCCAGAGUCUACAAACCCUGCUUUGUCUGCCAGGACAAGUCCUCUGGGUACCACUAUGGUGUCAGUGCAUGUGAGGGCUGCAAGGGUUUCUUCCGCCGCAGCAUCCAGAAGAACAUGGUGUACACGUGUCACCGGGACAAGAACUGCAUCAUCAACAAGGUGACCAGGAACCGCUGUCAGUACUGCCGCCUGCACAAGUGCUUUGCAGUUGGAAUGUCUAAAGAGUCUGUUCGAAACGACCGAAAUAAGAGGAAGAAGGAAAGCCCAAAGCUGGAAGUGGCUGAAGGUUAUGAGCUGACGACCGAACAGGAGACCAUCAUUGAGAAGAUUCGAAAGGCCCAUCAAGAAACCUUCCCCUCCCUCUGCCAGCUUGGUAAAUACACCAUGAACUCAAGUGCAGACACCCGUGUGAGACUGGACCUGGGUUUGUGGGACAAGUUCAGUGAGCUGGCCACCAAGUGCAUUAUCAAGAUAGUGGAGUUUGCCAAACGAGUGCCUGGCUUCACGAGGCUGACCAUCGCUGAUCAGAUCACGCUCCUGAAAGCUGCUUGUCUGGACAUCUUGAUCCUGCGUAUCUGUACCAGGUACACUCCUGACCAGGACACCAUGACUUUUUCAGAUGGACUGACCCUGAACCGGACUCAGAUGCACAACGCUGGCUUUGGCCCACUCACUGACUUGGUUUUCACUUUUGCCAACCAGCUGCUGCCCAUCGAGAUGGAUGACACAGAGACAGGCCUGCUCAGCGCCAUUUGUCUCAUCUCAGGAGACCGUCAGGACCUGGAGGAGCCCUCCAAGGUGGACGAGCUCCAGGAGCCCCUGCUGGAAGCUCUGAAGAUCUACGUGAGGAAGCGCCGGCCCAGUAAACCCCACAUGUUCCCCAAAACCCUGAUGAAGAUCACCGACCUGCGCAGCAUCAGUGCUAAAGGAGCAGAGCGGGUCAUCUCUCUGAAGAUGGAGAUUCCAGGUUCCAUGCCGCCUCUCAUCCAGGAGAUGCUGGAGAACUCUGAGGGUCAGGAUGCUCAGAGCAGCAGCAGCACUUCGACUGAAGCUGCUGGAAGUUCCCCAAGCAGCAAGGACAGCCCCACUGAGGACACCACUCCCCCUGGUUCACCAGAGUCCACAGACCCUGAAGAGGUUACAUCCAAGCCCCCUGAUGCUGAGCCCUAGGAGGGGCCUGCAGGGGUCUUUGGGACAGUUCUUUGCACAUUCAGAGCAGCAGAUGAGGAGCCUGGAACCGUCUGCUCAGACUCUGUACCUGGUACCAUUGUACCCAGUUAACUCUAAACAAUUUACUCUGAACUUUCUCCUUUAAAAAGAAAAUGUCAGCAUGGAGACCCACAAGGAUCUGUGGUUACCUGAGACCAGGACUGGAGCCACAGAGACCAUGGUCCUCAGGUCUCCUGUGUAAAUUCAUACCUGCAUGAAGGGAGUCAGAUAAACUAGUCCUGUCUCAUCUCCUCACCUGUCGUGUUGUUGACAUUCUUACAUUGUACAUACCAUGGUACGCUUCAGACCCGGUCCCAUCCUGGAUCAGAUCCUAUCAUGGAUCUGGUCCCAUCCUGGAUCUGGUCCUUUCCUGCACCCCUGGACAACCUGGAUCUGGUCCCAUCAUUGAUCUGAUCCUGUCAUGGAUCUGGUCCCAUCCUGGAUCUAGUCCUAUCCUGAACUCCUAGACAUCAUGAAUUCUGGUUCCACCAAAGAACUGGUCUCAUUCUGGACAUCAUGAAUUCUGGUUCCACCAAAGAUCUGGUCUCAUCCUGGACUCUGGUCCCAUCAUGGAUCUGGUCCCACCUUGGACUCUGGUCCCGUCAUGGACUCUGGUCCCAUCCUGGACUCUUGUCCUAUCAUGGAUCUGGUCCCAUCCUGGACUCUGGUCCUAUCAUGGAUCUGGUCCCAUCCUGGACUCUGGUCCUAUCAUGGAUCUGGUCCCAUCCUGGACUCUGGUCCUAUCAUGGAUUUGGUCCCAUAAUGNCUGGUCCUAU